CCAAUUCAACAGACUAAUGCAAAUUUUUAGUUCGCGUGAUUAGAUUAUGCCAAACAUACCUAAUACGAUAAAAAUUUAGUGAGUGUUAAAAUAUCAUACUAGUCUCUCUAAAGAGUGUGAAAAUGACCGAAGUUAAAGUUACAAUUGUUCCAGAGAAGGAAAAAUCUGGACUAAAAUAUAUUGGCGUCCGACACGUACAAUUUGUUAUAAUAUUCUUUGGUCUACUAAUUUUUUAUGGCCAACGCACCGCUCUGUCUGUUGCUAUAAUAGCAAUGACGGACGAAAAUCCACCAGAUCCAAGCAUACCUACUUAUCCAGAUUGGGACAACACAGAUACAAUUCUAUCGUCGUUUUUUUGGGGUUACGUAGUUUUCCAGAUUGGUGCUGGUCAAAUCGGGGAGCACUUUGGCCCUAGGUACUUCGUCACUGGUACCAUGAUACUAGGAUCAAUUUUCAACGUUCUAAUACCAGUAAUGGCGCAAGCUGUAGGACCCACAGGAGUUAUAGUCUGCCGAGUCAUUCAAGGUCUGAAUCAAGGUUUCCUCUACCCAUCUACCCACGUUUUGAUAAGUCAGUGGACACCACUGAGCGAAAGAACUAGAGUUUCUAGUAUGGUAUAUUCUGGGUCGAGUUUGGGAAUUGUUAUCUCUAUGAUACUAUCUGGUGCUAUUGCUGACUCAUCCCUCGGGUGGCCUUCCGUGUUCUACAUUUAUGGUUCCGCUGGAAUAAUUUGGGGCAUUAUUUUCGGAAUAUUUAUAGUUAACUCUCCCUCAGAACACAAAACUAUCACAGAGGAGGAAAGAAAGUACAUCCAAAGCAGUAACUCCGUCACCAAAGACCAAAAGAAAGUACCAACACCGUGGAAAUCCAUCUUCACAUCUCUACCCAUAUGGGCCAUUUUCAUAACAAGCUGCGCCCAAGCAUGGGGUACCUUUACCCUCCUAACAGAAAUCCCCAGUUUUCUGAACAGCGUGAUGAAUUUUGACAUGAAUUCGAAUAGUCAACUAUCAGCGCUCCCGUACUGCCUAAUGUUUAUAAUAAACUUCGUGGCGUCCCCUAUUUCUGAUAAACUCAUCUCGAAUAAAACCGUAUCGGUUAUCACCGCAAGGAAAAUUUGCAACUCCAUUUCUUGUUUUAUGCCAAGUGCGGCCUUAUUUGCUUUGGGUUUUGUUGAUGGUACUCAGCAAGAAUUAGCGAUGGCGAUGUUGAUAGUGGCGGUGGGUAUGUCAUCGGUUGCCAAUUCUGGGGGUUUGGUCAACGUUAUAGAUCUGGCGCCGAACCAUGCGGGUACUCUUUUUGGAAUGACUAAUGGGUGUUCGCAGAUUUUUUCUAUUAUGGGACCGUUGACUGUCGGGUUUUUGGGAACUGAUAAGAAGGAUCUUAUUUUGUGGAGGAAGGUGUUCUGGUUGGCUUCUGGUAUUUAUUUGGGAUGUGGGUUGUUUUAUGUUAUUUUUGCGAAGGGGGAAGUGCAGAAGUGGAACGAUAAAGAUAGUGAUGAAGUCGAAAGCAAGAACAAAGAAAAAAGUAGUGAAAAUUUUUGA